AUGAAUAUACAACCAGCAGGAAACCAAAAGGUAAAUACUUUUACCCUAGUAGGAUCCCCAGAGACUGGACGUCAGUUACCAGGUAACGAAGAUUACCCAAUUAGAAAUUUAAAUGCAGGUAGUAUUAAACCAUGGUUUAUUACAGGGUUUGCAUACCAAGGAAAGAGCGGUCUUGGAACAGAUUCGUAA